AUGGCGAAAAUACCAAUUAUGCUACAACUGAAUGGGAAUUGGGAUAGCUGUGGGAGAUUUAGAGAAUUUCAGGUCGAUGGCAUUGUAGUCGAUGAGAAUGCGAGUUAUAGUCUACUGAUUUCUACAAUAGCACAGCAAUUAAUGAUUGAUACAUCCAAAAAAAUUAUAGAAAUCAAAUACAUUCUCAACGAGCAUUGUCCUCCAAUGGAAAUUAGUAACGAUAUGGAUGUUCGUGUAUACAUGGAGACGAAAAAGGAAAACAAAAACUUAGGAUCAUAUUCGCUAUGUAUAACUGUUCACGAUUUCAAUAUGGAAUUAAGUAUCACCAAUGAGAACACAGCUGCAGAGAAGACUUAUCCGGGGUCUAUAGUUAAAUUGAAGAAGACAGACGAUGACUGCUUCUUGUAUGUAUUUGUUGCGAUUUGUACGUCAAUCAGUGGUUGGGAAUAUUGUAGGCCAGUUGUAGUAGUUGAUGAGACCUUUUCAAAGUCAUCAUACAAGGGAAUAAUUCUAACAGCCAGUACAAUGGAUGCAGCAGGUACCAUAUUAUCAUUGGCAUAUAUUGUUGUUGAUUCAGAGAAUGACACAUCAUGGAAGUGGUUUUUUGAGCAAUUCAAACUCGCGUAUGGUGAAAGACCAAAUAUGUGUGUUGUUUCGGAUCGGAAUGAGAGUAUCUUGAAGGCAACAUCUAUUGUUUAUCCUGGCAUGCCAAAUUAUUCUUGCAUGUGGCAUAUUUGGACAAAUAUACGGGCAAAGUUCAAGAAGGGACAUCUUAAGUUAAGUGAAUUAUACUUUGUCACGGCACGGUCAUACACACUUGAUGAAUUUAAUGAAAGGAUGUCAAAGAUUGAGAAGAUUGACCCCCAUGUUAAAGCAUACUUAUACUAUAUUGGCUAUCAUAGAUGGUCUCGAGUACAUGCUACGGUGAACAGAACUUGGACUAUGACAUCAAACAUUGAAAAGUCGUUGAAUGCUAUAACAAAAUAUGCAAGAGAGCUGCCGAUAGUAGAACUAUUAGAGUAUAUGAGGACCCUUCUUGAACAUUGGACAAAAGAAAAGUUAUUGAAAGCAAAGGGUACAUUCACAUACCUUGGGUACAAAUUUAACAAAGAGUUGGAUGAUAACAGAACAUUGUCGCACAAGCUUAGAGUGAGGGCUUCAAUAGACUACAUCCAUACAAUAAUAGAUGGUAUGAAGCGCUAUAUUGUUUGUCUUGAAAAUAAGAGAUGUAGUUGUGGGCAAUUCCAGCUUGAUGAACUACCUUGUCCACAUGCUUUGGCUGCUUUAAGACACAGGGAUGAGUCUUUUGAACAAUAUUGUUCUCCUUAUUACACAAGGGUGAACCUCUUGCGUACUUAUAAAAUACCAGUAAAUCCUCUGUCUGAUGAAAGCAAAUGGAAUGUGCCAGAACAUAUAACUGAAGAAGUAGUAAAUCCACCUAAAGGAGGGAAAAGGCAGUCAGGAAGACCUCAAAAUGAAAGAUACAAAACAUAUGAUGAAAUAAAUUCAAAGAAGUACAAGUUCUGGAUAACAGAUUUUGAUGUGUAA